GUAAAAUUGACCGUGUUACAUGACCAUGACUCGAACAAAAAUUGCUACGCCCCGCUGUGAAACUAUUGCCAAAUUGGUGGUCAGCAUCGGCAGUGGCGAAAGCUUUCUCACUUAUGCAGAUGCCACAACACGAUCCUUCUGCGCGAAUCCCUCGUGGUUGAACUUCCAAAAUGGGAUGAUGGAAGUGGGGCCAAUAAGCAAACCCAAUCCCCAUGAUUCUCAAAAGGAGGCAGCUUCGUUUCUGGAGCGACAUUUCGGAAUCAGGUUUCUGGAUUCUAAGCCGUUGAACGAAAGUGGGAGUGCAGUGGAUUUCCAGGAGAGGAAGACGAUUAUCUGGCACACUUGGCUGGUGGAGAAGGUGAGGAUUCCUCCAGCUCAGUGUGCGGUUAUCAAGGACUGGAAGGAUCCCUGCACGGAAACUCUAGGCACUUGCUCUUGUUCCUGGCACUUGCAGAACUGCAUGGCCUGGCAGCUUAUUAUUAGUAAUCGUAUGACGGAUGCCAAGUGCUUCUGUUCGCGAAUCAAGAAAACAAUGGACAUUGUCAACUGUCUCGUGGACCCGGAACUGGAACAGGACAAUUCUUUAAAGGAUUGUUCUACUCCCUUAGCCGCGUUGACCGAGAAAGUGUUUGGUGCCACUGAUCAGCUGAAGAAACUGAUAGAUCUUCUAGAGCUCCAGGAGAAGCGCAACCGGAGAUACAAACGCCUGUAUGAAUAGGAAAACCAUAAAACCAUAGGAAAGCUAAAGACAGCGAUUGGAGUGCUGACCCCUUGAUGUCUGCAUAGAUUGUAUUGUAUUUAUUUUAUUAAAACAUUUCUGUUGUAUUUCGAUAGUAUUAGACAUAUAUCCAUUUAGAUAUUCGA